AUUGUUGUGUACAGAGAACACUGACAGCCAAAUCAACCGGAUCCGACUUCCUAGCAUGAUUCUCAUUUAAUUCCUAUACCUAGCGCAUCGCACUUCCAUUCCUGUGAGGUAUACGGUACCAGCAAGCCCUAAUUCAGACACGAUUUGUUUAUAUGACACAGCAUGAUGCCAGGACGACUGCAGGGCGUACCAGAAAACCCGCUGACACUGUCAUGGCACGACAGUGCAUGGAUUCCAAUGCUGAACCCAACCAAUGUUAUGGACUACUUUUCCGAGAGAAGCAACCCAUUUUAUGAUAGGACGUGCAACAAUGAAGUGGUUCGGAUGCAACGUCUUGGUAUGGAACAGCUCAACUCCAUGACAGGUCUGGAAUAUAUCCUUCUCCAUGUUCAAGAACCGAUUCUUUAUGUUAUCCGAAAGCAACACAGACACUCUCCUGGUCAAGCUACACCCAUGGCUGAUUAUUAUAUAAUUGCUGGAAUAAUUUAUCAAGCUCCAGAUUUAAAUUCUGUUCUUAAUUCUAGGCUUCUCUCAACUGUGCAUCAUCUACAGUCAGCAUUUGAUGAGGCCAGUUCAUUCUCCCGUUACCAUCCAUCUAAGGGGUACUCAUGGGACUUCAAAGAUCGAAAAAGUCGUGAGAGAGAAAAGCAAGCUGCUCUGUCAAAAAAAGAUACCGUCAAAGAGCAGGCAGGUUCUCAGUUUCAACGCCACCGUGUUCAUAUGCUUCUUGCAGAACUUUCUAGAAAGUUCCCAGAACCAGCUCUUCAACCUAGAGCAAUUACUGCUGCAACAGAUGGUGUGGAAAACAAACCAGAAAUAAAAUCUGAAAUAAAACCUGAAGUUAAAACUGAACCAGGAUCUCAACCAAGAAUGAAGCCUCCACCAGAGAAGAAACCAAGACUGAAUUAAUAUUGACCUCAAAUGAGGACUCCAAGUUUUAUGUGAUGGACGGUGUACAUUUGAGUGGGUUGUAAGAAACACUGAUUACUAACUUACUUCUUACCAUAAUGGAAUGAGGAUUAGUAAAAGUUAAAAUCAUCUUCAUAAGAAGCAAUUUAUCGAGUAAAAUAACAAUUUUAAUUUAUUAUUGCUAGAAGAUAUAAAUUAUUUACAAAAUUCAUA